GCAUAAUUACGUGGGCGGAGUGAGGACGCAUGUUCAGUGAACUGCAUAAUUUUGAGGCAACAAUCAAGGACAUAUUAAGACUGAUGGAGUGACAACAUCGACUCAAGGCUGAGGGACUGAUUAUGUCAUACUCCUUCUCCAGUUCUUCACCAUUCGCCAGUGUGUGGCGAAACGUGUCCUCAAUAAAGAUGUUAGCGGCGACGUAUGUGAUGCUGGCUGUGGUGGCGAUGGUCACGGGGAAAUUAGACCCUCCUGAGAGACACUGCAAGAUACUGAUGCUGACUCCAGUCUCCUCCCAGAGCCACAAGAAUGUGUUUAUGCCUCUUGCCAGGGCUCUGGCUGACCGUGGACACCAGAUAACAAUAUUGUCUGAAAACCCGACAUCAUCUGAUUAUCCCAACAUCAUCGAGGUCACCCACGAGCUGACGUCACAAGAACCUCCAGAUAUGUUUGAGUAUAUGAAGGACUGGAAUGGUGGAUGGACCUUGUUUGAGACUCUUCUUCCCGAUUAUGUCAAAAACUUGUACAAAGAUCCCUCAGUGAAGGAUCUUUAUGAGAGGAGGAAAGAGUUUGAUCUCUUUGUUGUAGAUCAUGAGUUCAAUGAGAUAGUGUACCCGUUCCUGCACGAGGCUUCCUUCAUCAUGGUCAACACACCAGGCAUUGACUACCGUCAGAGUGCCGUCCUGGGCAAUGUCUUCAACCCAGCCUACGUCCCCAACAUUAAUUCCGACUUUCCACGCCCUUUCUCCAUUUGGCAUCGAUUUAUUAACACUCUGAUACAAAUAGUAUUUGCAAUUUACUGGCGGAAUUGGGUCAUUGUGCCUCAGCUGCAGAAAGAGAUCUCAGCACAGUUCCCGGAGCUGCCACCGUUGUUGGAGUUAGAGAGGAACAUGAGUCUAGCACUGAUGAACACACACUUUAUCAUCGGUAUACCACUGCCUCUCCUGCCCUCACAGGUGGAGGUGGGCGCCAUCCACUGUCGCCCCGGUAACCCUCUGCCUCAGGAAUUGGAGUCUUGGAUCACGGGAGCGGGAUCUAGUGGUGUUAUCUACUUCAACUUGGGUUCUUUUUCUCGUGGUUCUUCCAUGUCAGUCCAGUACCGUGACGUCUUCCUCCAGGCCUUCAGGAGGCUGCCUCAGCGAGUCGUCUGGAAAUACGAGGGAGAGUUGAAGAACGUCCCUGACAACGUAAUGAUUACCAACUGGGUUCCUCAGCAAGACAUUCUUGCUCACAACAACGUGAAGGUGUUCAUUACACACUGUGGUCUCCUCGGCACGCAGGAAUCUAUAUACCAUGCCACGCCACUCCUCGGUUUGCCGAUAUUUGCUGACCAAAACAGAAACAGCAUGUUUAUUAGGAACUCUGGAGUGGGAGACUUUCUGCUGUGGGAGGAACUCACAGAGGACGUGAUGGUCAACGCUAUUAAUGACAUUAUUAACAACCCAAAGUAUAAAGGAAACAUUUUGAGAAUGUCAAAGUUGAUGCGGGAUCAACCUGUACCACCCACGGAACUGGCAGUGUUCUGGACGGAGUACGUCAUCCGUCACAAAGGUGCGCCUCAGCUGAGGUCACCAGCGGCACAGCUCUCCUGGGUGGAGUUCCUCAUGCUGGACGUGAUCUUCCUCCUUCACCUGACUAUGUUCUUCCUCUACUUCAUAACACGUCGCAUCCUCAGAGUUAUCUCUGCUAAAAUAUUCAGCAGUGAUAUCAAGAUGAAGAAAAAAAUAACAAACUCUGACUUUUGCACUUACGUGUAUAUACAGAUGUUUCUAGCUGGGAUAUAUGUGAUGGUGGCGGCCCUGGCGGCGGUAGUCACGGGGGACUUAGACCCUCCUGAGAAACACUACAAGAUACUGGUGCUUCUCCCAGUCUCCUCCCAGAGCCAUAAAAACGUCUUCAUCCCACUUGCCGAGGCUUUGGCCGACCGAGGUCACCAGGUAACAAUGUUGUCUAACAGCCCAAAAUCGACCAAUCAUCCCAACAUCAGUGAUAUUAGCCAUGGUCUUCAACAUUUCCAAAAUAUAAAUAUGUUUGAGUAUAAAGACGACUGGACUACCGGAUUUACGAUGUUUGAGAAAGUUCUUCCUGUAAUUGCCAGAGACUUUUACAAAGUUCCUCUGGUGAAGGAACUUUACGAGAGAAGGAAAGAGUUUGAUCUCUUUAUAGUAGACCAUGCGUUUAAUGAGGUAGUGUACCCGUUCCUGCACCAGGCUCCCUUCAUCAUGGUUUCCACACCAGGCACUGACUACCGUCAGAGUGCCGUCCUGGGUAAUGUCAUGAAUCCUGCCUAUGUACCCAGCCAGUCGCUUGAUUUCUCACGACCUUACUCCAUCUGGCAUCGAUUUUUGAACACACUGAUACAUAUAGCAUUUGCAGUUUACUGGAGGAAUUGGAACAUUGUUCCUCAGCUUCAAAAAGAGAUCUCAGCACAGUUCCCGGAGCUGCCACCGUUGUUGGAGUUAGAGAGGAACAUGAGUCUAGCACUGAUGAACACACACUUUAGCAUCGGUAUACCACUGCCUCUCCUGCCCUCACAGGUGGAGGUGGGCGCCAUGCACUGUCGCCCUGCUAACCCUCUGCCUCAGGAAUUGGAGUCUUGGAUCACGGGAGCGGGAUCCAGUGGUGUUAUCUACUUCAAUUUGGGUUCAUUUUCUCGUGGUUCUUACAUGCCAGUCCAGUACCGUGACGUCUUCCUCCAGGCCUUCAGGAGGCUGCCUCAGCGAGUCGUCUGGAAAUACGAGGGAGAGUUGAAGAACGUCCCUGACAACGUAAUGAUUACCAACUGGGUUCCUCAGCAAGACAUUCUUGCUCACAACAACGUGAAGGUGUUCAUUACACACUGUGGUCUCCUCGGCACGCAGGAAUCUAUAUACCAUGCCACGCCACUCCUCGGUUUGCCGAUAUUUGCUGACCAAAACAGAAACAGCAUGUUUAUUAGGAACUCUGGAGUGGGAGACUUUCUGCUGUGGGAGGAACUCACAGAGGACGUGAUUGUCAACGCUGUUAAUGACAUUAUUAACAACCCAAAGUAUAAAGACAACAUUCUGAGGAAGUCGAAGUUGAUGCGGGAUCAGCCUGUAUCGCCCACGGAACUGGCAGUGUUCUGGACGGAGUACGUCAUCCGUCACAAAGGUGCGCCUCAGCUGAGGUCACCAGCGGCACAGCUCUCCUGGGUGGAGUUCCUCAUGCUGGACGUGAUCUUCCUCCUCCACCUGACUGUGUUCUUCCUCUACUUCAUAACACGUCGCAUCCUCAGAGUUAUCUAUGCUAAAAUAUUCAGCGCCAACGACAGUAUUAAAAAGAAGAGGGAAUAAGAAUCAUUUGUCACAAUUCAACUAAGAUUUGAACCUUUAUUAAUCACUGCAUUUUCCAUGUGAUUCACAAAAUCUCAAACCAAUUAAUAUUAUAAUUGGAAAAUUACUAGGCAAUUCUGUUGUUCACAACUAAACUGAAAAUAAUGCAGUCAUUAUGAUUUUGAAAAUAUAAAGAAAAAAUAAUUUAAUCAUGCAAGAAAUCAAUAAUUAUUUCUACAGUUUUAAAUAAAGGUGAACUUUUGCCUUAUGUAAACUGUUACGAAAAUUUUUAGCACAUCUGUUUGAAAUGACCAAAUUCGUUGAUGAUAUUAUUAUUAUUAUUAAAGAUUAGUCGGUAUUCUCCCGGCCUGGGCCUUUUCCAAGUGGUGGCCCGGCCUUGGCUCCCUCUUUAGGGAGUGUCUGAGACCUAAGUCUCCCAUGGGAGGAGGCACAAGUACCUCCUCAUCUUUGGGACCAACUGUCCCCAGGCCUAGCCACAAGCUAGGCCUCUCUGGUCUGCCAUCCCCGCCCCAAGGGGGCAAAUGAAAAUGACAGUCUUAUGAGCUACAAGCUCUGGCUCAGGCACCUACCCUACCCUAGAAGGGUUAGGCAUGGUGUCGAUCUGAUGAUAACACCUCUGUACAUGAUAUAAUAAAAAAUUAGUGUAAUAAUUCAAUUUCUGGACGAUUAUAUUAUUUUUUAUAAUGAUAUUCAUAAAAAAGUAACUUGGAAAAUGUCAGUUAUGUAAAACUAAUUAAUAUGGAAAAAAUAUAAACGACAAAAAGUAAUAUUAUUAAUUUGUAAAAAUAAUAUUAAAAUAAGCAAUGGAUUUUUUACAACAGCAGUUGUCUCCCACCUUGGUAGGGAGACCCAAGAAAAUAACAUACCCCUUCAUGUUGUCAUAGUCGUGGCAGUAAGAGAAUGUGAGCAAACUCGACAGUAAGAAACAAAUGAUUGCUAAAGUUAUGAAUGAAAAGAAGUUGGAUAUCCUGGCCCUAAGUGAAACAAAGCUGAAGGGGGUAGGGGAGUUUCAGUGGAAGAUGGGGAGGAAUAAAUGGAUUAAGUCAGGAGUACCUGAGGGAGUUAGAGCUAAGGAAGGGGUAGCAAUAAUGUUGAAGGACCAGUUAUGGGGGAAGAAGAGGGGAUCUAAAUGUAUAAAUUCAAGGAUUAUGUGGAUUAAAAUAAGGUCGAAUGUGAAAAGCUGGUCAUAAUAAGUGUGUAUGCACCAGGAGAAGAGUGUAGAGGAGAGAGAGAGAUUUUAGAAGAUGUAAAGCGAGUGUGUAGGAGCUUUUGAGCCAAGUGAGAGAGUAAUUGUGGUAGGGGACCUAAAUGCUAAAGUAUGAGAAGCGUUAAGAGAGGGUGUGGUAGGUAAGUUUGAGGUGCCAGGUGUAAAUGAUAAUGGGGAGCACUUCAUUGAACUUUGUAUAGAAAGGUGCACAUAUUUUAAGAAAAAAGAGGAUAAAUAAGUAUACAAGAUAUGAUAUAGGGCGUAAUGACAGUAGUUUGUUGGACUAUGAAUGGGUUGAUAAAAGACUGUUGGGUAGACUUCAGGAUGUACAUGUUUAUAGAGGGGCCACUGAUAUAUCAGAUCACUUUUUAAUUGUAGCUACACUGAGAGUAUAAGGUAGAUGAUAUGCAAGGAAAAUGAAAGAAGCAAGUUAGAGAGAGGUGAAGAUUUAUAAACUAAAGAAGGAGGCAGUUAAGGUAAGAUAUAAACUGUUGGAGGACAGAUGGGCUAGUGAGAAUACAGGCAAUGAAGUAGAAGAAGUAUGGGGUAAGUUUAAGAAUACAGUGUUAGAGAGUUCAGCAGAAGUUUGUGGUUACAGGAAAGUGGGUGCGGGAGGGAAGAAGAGCAAUUAAUGGGAUGAUGAUGUAAACAGAGCAGUAAGAGAUAGCAUAUGAGAGGAUUUUUCAAAAUAGAAGUGAUGCAAGUAUAUUGAGAGAAAAAGAGAGGUUAAAAGAGUGGUGAAGCAAUGUAAAAAGAGAGUGAAUGAGAGAGUGGGUGAGAUGUUAUCAACAAAUAUUGUUGAAAAUAAGAACAAGUUUUGAAGUGAGAUUAACAAGUUAAGGAAGCCUAGAGAACAAAUGGAUUUGUCAGUUAAAAAUAGGAGAGGAGAGUUGUUAAACGGAGAGUUAGGUGUAUUGGGAAGAUGGCGGUAACAUUUUGAGGAAUUGUUAAAUGUUGAUGAAGGUAGGGAAGCUGUGAUUUCGUGUAUAGGGCAAGGAGGAAUAACAUCUCAUAGAAGUGUGGAAUAACCAGUUGAUAGUGUGUGGAAGUGUAUGAGGCAGUGGGAAGAAUGAAAUGGGGUAAAGCAGCUGGGAUUGAUGGAAUAAAGAUAGAAAUGCUAAAAGCAGGAGGGGAUAUUGUUUUGGAGUGGUUAGUGGUAAAGUGUAUGGUAGAGCUAUUAUUGAAAUAAUUAAGAGUAAGACGGAGAGCAGGAGAGCAGAUGAACAAGGAGGCUUUUGGAAGGGUAGGGGGUGUGUGGACCAAGUGUUUGCAGUGAAACAUAUAGGUGAACAGUAUUUAGAUACGGGUAAAGAGGUUUUUCUGGAAUUUAAGAAUUUGGGAAAGGUGUUUGAUAGGGUGGAUAGGAGGGCAAUGUGGCAGAUGUUUCUGAUGUAUGGAAUAGGAGGUAGGUUAUUGAAAGCAGUGAAGAGUCUUUACAAGGAUAGUGAGGCUCGGGUUAGAGUAUGCAGGCAAGAAGAAGAUUAUUUCCCAGUAAAAGUAGGCCUAGACAGAGAUGCGUGAUGUCACCAUUUUUGUUCAAUAUCUUUAUAGAUGGAGUUGUAAGAGAAGUGAAUUCUUGGGUGUUGGCAAUAGGUGUGGGGUUAAAAGACAUAUAAUCUAACACAAAGUGGGAGUUGCCACAGUUGUUCUUUGCUGAUGACACUGUGCUCUUGGGAGAUUCAGAAGAGAAGAUGCAGAGGUUGGUGGAUGAGUUUGGUAGGGUAUGUAAAAGAAGGAAACUAAAAGUGAAUAUAGGAAAGAGUAAGGUGAUGAGGAUAACCAACUGGAUAUCAGAUUGGAGGGAAAGAGUAUGGAGGAGGUCAAUGUAUUCAGAUAUUUGGGAGUGGACGUGUCAGCAGAUGGGUCUAUGGAAGAUGAGGUAAAUCAUAGAAUCGACGAGGGGGAAAAAGGUGAGCAAUGCACUGAGGAGUCUAUGGAGACAAAGAACUCUAUCCAUGAAAGCAAAGAGGGGAAUGUAUGAGAGUAGAGUUAUACCAAUGCUCUUGCAUGAGCGUGAGGCAUGGGUGAUGAAUGUUGCAACAAGGAGAAGGCUGGAGGCAGUGGAGAUGUCAUGUCUGAGGGCAAUGUGUGGUGUGAAUAUAAUGCAGAGAAUCAAUACUUUGGAUAUUAGGAAGAGGUGCGGGAUUACCAAAACUACUAUCCAGAGAGCUGAGGAGAGGUUCUUGAGAUGGUUUGGACAUGUAGAGAAGAUGGAAUGAAACAGAAUGACUUCGAGAGUAUAUAUAUCU